AAUAAUUAGGAAAAAAUGCGCGUGGGAAAGUCUUUUUUUGUUUUUUACACAAUUUCUCAAUAACUACGAAUGUUCGGUUUUUGUCCCAGCAGGUUGCAAACCGUGUGUAAUGUAAAUGUACAUCACAACCCCGUUGUAAAGACUGUGACUGUAGAUUUCUUUAUUAUUUUUACAACAUCAACCCCCUUUGUUUUGUUUACACCUUCUUUUUUGAAGAGUUCGUCCGAUCCAGUAAAAGAUAUAAAUGAAAAGAGUUAUGCCAUCAGGUCAAGAAGUAUACUAUGGAGGUGGUGACGUUGCAGACGAAUCCAACUCUGGACGUCAGGGAGCUCGCCCCAACCGCCAAAUGGAAGAAAAUCUCAAAGGCUUCAAUGUUGCAUUUGCAAUCAGCCAGGUCCUUGGAGUGACCUGCGUCGUGCUUGUUGCCACCUGGACAUCCUCUUACAGAAACGGCUUUGGAUGGAGGUCCAACCCGGAUCUCGAAUUUAACUGGCAUCCCCUCUUGAUGACUGUCGGUUUAAUUUACCUUUAUGCAAACUCUAUCAUGAUAUACCGUGCGUUGAGGACAAUGCGAAAACAAAAAUUGAAGAUUUUCCACGCCAUUAUCCACUCGGUUGUCAUACUUUGUGUUCUGUUUGCACAAAUCGCCGUCUUUGAUUCGCACAACUUUCACGUCAAUCCGCAAACUCAAAAGUUGGACCCUAUUCCCAAUUUAUACAGUCUUCACAGUUGGAUUGGAUUGGUUGCUAUUAUUACAUUUAUUCUACAGUGGAUUGGCGGAUUGUUAGUUUUCCUGUGGCCUGGCGCUUCUAUGACAAUAAGAAGUGCUGUUAUGCCUUGGCAUGUUUUUAUCGGGCUUUGUGCUUUUGUCUUAGCCCUUGCAGCAGCCGUCUCUGGUUUGAACGAAAAGGCAAUAUUUUCUUUGAAUAAUUAUGCUGCACUUCCUGGAGAAGGUGUUCUCAUAAAUCUCAUCGGUCUCAUGUUUGUAUUUUUUGGCAUCACAGUUGUUUAUAUCGUAACAGAGUCAAAUUAUAAACGCCACCCACGCCCUGAAGACGGCGCUCUUUUGAAAACAUCACCGUCAGAUUAAAUUUAUGAGAUUUCAUGUAAGAUAGCAACUAUAAACUUGUGCUACAAAUUUGUUAUUUUUUCUCAAAUAGAACAAGGUUUUUUCAUUUUUAUUCAAUAUAAUGAACCUUUCCUAUGAAAGAUAACAUUAUUUGACCAGUUGUAAAAAACAAAUUUAUAUACUCUUAUCAAGAUCAGUUCAUAGGGUAUAUUUUUCAUUAUUCGUCCCAAUCUUAAUGUUGUUAUGUAUGUUUUCGGCUUAUUGGCAUAAUUGUUGACAGUGUUGGUUUAAAUUAAUUACUAUUAUCAGAGCACAAACAAAGCACAAU